AUGGAUAGCCAUGGAGAAUUACUAUCCAAUCUUCGACAGCCAGUGGACAGGAAUAAUCUCACGUACCUUGCCGCUAAGCAGUUGUCGCGAAGGGAUCCCACUAUCAAACUGAUAGAUCUAGGCAUUUCUUCGCUUUCACAAGAAGCUAUUGAGCUUCUGCUACCUGUUGAGAGAUUGUCACUACAGAAGAAUGCUCUCACUACUUUGCCUAAUAGCUUUGACAAACUCACUAAACUUCGCUACCUCGAUCUGCACAGCAACAAGUUGCAGGAGAUUCCUCCUAUUUUGCUUCGGUGCCCGCAUUUGGAAAUCUUAGAUUUAUCAUCCAAUCAUAUUACUCAUUUACCUCAAGAGUAUCCGCAACUGUGGUGUGAAAACCUGAAGGUUCUGUCGCUCAAGAAUAAUGCUGUGUCAUCUCUUCGUGAGUUGUAUCAAGCUGUGAUGUCAUUAAAGAGCUUGAAAAUAUUGGAAAUUGAGGGCAACAGCAUCCCUCUUGAAGAACUAGAGCAAGUUAAAUCACAGAUUCCACCUCAGUCACUGCCAGGGACUAUUACUCCAGAGGAAUAUUGGUGUGUUGCUCUUAGGAAAUACUUCGAACCAAAGAUUAGUAGAGCUGCGAAGCGAAUGGGAUUCAUUAAUGUGUCCGAAGAGGAAAACCACCAAGAAGAACUCUAUAAUCACAAAAAAUACAACGAUUACUUCAAGAGGCUGUCAGUUCUACCGGAAGAAACAACUUCGCAACGAGUUACACAUGAUGAGCUCGCAAUAGCAUGCCGGAAACUUUUGUUCUCGUUCACUGAAUGUCAGCAAAAUGUUCGCAAGAUAACCUCAUUUUGUGAAGAUAAGCAGGCAGCUGUCAAUUCAGUAUCUUUACUUUACAGUGUAAGAUCUCAUAUUGAUAAUCUAGUCGAACUGUUGGAGCAGAAUGAAAGUCCAAAUUCUACUAGAAAUGAUGUCAUGGUCAAAUUGUGUGUUACUAUCAUUGCGAUUUUCAAGCAAAUAUUUUCUUUACUAAGGAAAAACUUCAACUCUUUCUUCCAAGCGAAUGAGAUAUAUUUUGCAAGGAUGUUUUACGUGAACCUGCUAUGCUCGUAUACGGAAAUGUACAAUGCAUGGAAUUUGAUCUCUCCGCAAGGUGCCACGGCAAGCCGUAAGAGGAAGACAAGUCGCACUUUUUCUCAAAGCGUUUCUCAUGGGUAUAAGCACGUUGGUACUCGCACUAGAAGUAAUACGCUUCAACGAUCCACUAGCAAUGCGAUGCCUCAAGCUAAUUCUCCAACUCCUAUUUCCGCUAACUUCAGUUCUGCUCCAGGCUCAGUGAACUCAACACCCCCUCCCUCUCAAGGUGGUGUACCUCUAGAUGGCAGAGCCGUUGAUGGUUCUCCUAAGCAAAGGCCAGACCAUUUACAGCAUUCGCCUUUGGUGAUUAGAAGACCUCCAGAUUCUGUAUCGCAACCUCUCUCAACGCAUAGUCCUGGGUCUGGUGGUUCGGGAGCGGAAGACGGUUCUCCUCAUGAUAUGGACAUCGAUGCACAGCUGUAUCGUACUUUAAAUACUGUUAUUGCAAUGGUCAAUGUCGUCUAUUCUAAAUUGACAUCCGCUAUAACCAAGAGUGCAAUUGCCAGUACUAAAAGCGGUGAGCUAUCAAAUAUCACGAGCACGAUUGCUGCUAAAAUAAAAGACUUAACUGAUACUUGUUAUCAGUCGAUGGAACUUUCUAAGGUCUUAAAAGAACGGCUAGCACUGAUAGCUAAAAAUGACUCUGAUAUAUUUUCCGUUGGAAAAGAAAAGGCAAAAACCUGGGAAGACAUCAAUGCCUUCCUCAAAUCCAUCAUUUCGAUUCUGGCUAAUACUAAAAUAAUCAUGAAAGAUCUUCCUAUUUUGAAUGAAGUUAGACCCAAUCUUGCAUCUUUGGCUAAGAUUACAAAAGACGUCACAGUCAUUCUUGAUCUAAGCUCAUUUAGAAACAUCUCUCAAGCACAGCAGCAACAGGAUCCGCAACAAAAACAGCAUCAGCAGUCACAGCAACCGCAGUCGCAGCCACAGGGGGCUGCUGAAGAAACGCACACGGUACCACUCGUAACACCCUUGUCAACACCAUCACUAGUUACUGUCCAUGCCCCAAAUCCUUUUGAGCAGUUUUGA